AUGACCGAUCAGAAAGAAGUCUUCAUCAUUGGUGGCGGAGUUUCAGGACUCGGCAUGGCAGUCCAACUUCGACGACGCCUGGGACAUCAGAACUUCACCAUCUUCGAGAAAUCGGACAAUAUUGGCGGAACUUGGUGGCACAACAGGUAUCCGGCCUGCGCUUGCGACAUCCCUAGCCAUUUCUACUCCUACAGCUUCCACCUCAAACCAGAUUGGACCACCACGUAUCCUGGUCGUGAUGAGCUGCAUGACUAUUUCAUGUCUGUUGCAGAGAAAUACGACGUCAUCCGUCGUUGCAAAUUCAAUCAGAUGUGCCUGCGGAUGAUCUGGAACCAGUCCCGAUCUCUGUGGGAAUGCACGUUUCAGGACACGGUCACUGGCGAGCUCACGAUCCGCGAAGCGGCUGUUGUUGUUAGCGCAGUCGGCACUCUAGAUCGGCCGUACAUCCCUGAGAUUCCAGGCGCUGCUCUCUUCAAAGGCGCUGCGUUCCACAGUGCCCGGUGGGAUUCGUCGGUGAAGAUGGAGGGAAAGAAGGUCGUAGUCAUGGGUAAUGGGGCGUCCGCGACUCAAUUCGUCCCUAAGUUGGUCGAGGAGGUUGGUCCCAAGGGUCAAGUGACACAGCUUGUAAAGGGUGCACACUGGUGGAUCAAGAGAGGCAAUCCGCGGUACUCAGAGUCCUUCAAGCUGGCAAUGAAGUACAUACCGUUUGCCGCGAGGAUCUACCGAGUUUUCCUUGCUUGGGAGUUGGAGUCAACCUUUUAUUCCUUCUUCAUGACGCCUAACGGUGCUGCUAUGAGGAAUAAGAUCCGAGAGGCAACCGCCGGGUAUAUCGAGAAAGAGGCACCAGCUGAGUACCGAGACAUCCUGAAGCCGGACUACGAACCUGGCUGCAAAAGACGUGUCAACACGCUGGACUAUUUGAAGAAAUUGCACGCGCCAAAUAUGCAUCUUGUCAAAGAUCGAGCCAUUCGGAUCAAUGAGCAUGAGAUCGAGACGGAAAGCGGCCAAGUCUAUGCUGCGGAUGUGAUCAUCUACGCAACCGGCUUCUUGACACAAAGAUGGCUUUUCCCUAUGGAGGUUCGUGGCAUCGACGGCAAGGAUCUGCAGGCGGCAUGGGAUCUUGCAGGCGGCGCUGAAGCCUACAAAGGAACCGUCAUAACAGACUUCCCCAACUUCUUCAUCCUGUACGGCCCUAAUGCCGCCACUGGACAGCACUCCGUAAUCUUCCACUCGGAAUGCCAGAUCAACUACUCCUGCCGCUUACUCCGACCAAUCCUGAAACAAAAGGCAAAGUCCAUCAUGGUGAAGCCUGAGGCCCAGAAGCGUGACUUGACCUGGGUGCACGGCAAGCUCCAGGGUCUUGUCUUCAACAGUGGCUGCCAGAGUUGGUGGAUGGAUCCUGUUACGAAGAAGAACACAUUUAUCUAUCCGGAUCCUAUGUUCAAAUACUGGUUGCGGACGAUCUUUCCAAUUUGGUCGGAUUUUGAUAUCGCUCAGGAUGGCCGCCCGGCCAAGACGACCGCUUCGAGCAGGUUCAUUAGCAUCCUUCUGCUUACUCUCCUCGGCGCCGCCGCUAUGCUGGUGAUGAACCUCAAGGUGGAACACUUGGCUACUGGCUCGAUUGCGAAUGUGUUCGUGCCGACGAGACACUCAUUGGUUACCUGGAACUGA